AUGGCCACGACACCGACCCAGGUGACGUGGCAGGAGAUGCAACGCAUGCUGACGUGUCUGCUGGAAGCAACGGAGGUGAUCCGAGUAGCCAAUAGUCGAAGGCAGCAGACCUCUGAUCUUGUAGACGAAGCGAUCCACGUGUCGUCCGCUCAUUGGGCCCGUCACGAGGCUCUAGUCGCAGCGCACACGCGGGUCGCCGCCCGGCGUGCUGAGCUGGACGAGCUGCGUGCUGACGUGGCGGGAGCCCAGCGUGAGGUGGAGGACAAGCGUGCGGAUGUGGAGAGGCGGAGAGCGGAGCUUAAGGAUGCGAGACACUCGUUAAGAGCUGCCUCGACAAGAUUAGUGGAGGCGGACCGGUUUCUGUCCCAGGAAGGUUCGAAGCAACAGCUGACAGUGAGAAGGCGGCUGGCCACUAGACGACGACGAAUGCUGGUCCAACUGGCGGGGAUCAUUCCCCUCUCCCCCUCCCCCUCCCCCUCUUCCUCCUCCCCCUCUUCCUCCUCCCCCUCCUCUCGUCCCUCCUCUACCCCCUCCUCCUCUUCUGUUUCUCCUCGGCCCUCCUCCUCCUCCUCCUCCGCCUCCUCUUCCUCCGCCCGCCCCUCCUCCGCCUCGUCCCCCACUCCGCCAACCGCAUUGAGACACGUGGCGAGCGCGGAUGGCAGCUGGGGGAGCGGUUGGGGCUUCUGGGGUAAAAAGGGAGGGGACGCGGGAGUGUCAGCGGCAGGGGCAGGGGCAGGGGAGGAAAGAAGAGGGGGAGGGGAGAAAGAUGAGGGGAAGAGGGUGCCUGAUAAUGGGGAGAGUGGGAACGAUGACGGGGAGAGUGAGAAAGAUAGGGGAGAGAGUAAGAAGAAAGGGAGGGUGUUUAGCGAUGGUAUGCUGAUGGAUAGAGGGAGAAGAAUGGAGGAGGCAGAGGGGGAAGGGAGGGAAGUAAAGGGGGAAGGGAGGGAGGCGAGGGAGGGGAAGGAGGAGGAGGAAGGGAAGAAGGGGAGCGGAGGGGAUGUGACUAUAGCGAACGACGAAAAGCCUGUUGUGAACUCCAGAGUGGGCGGCAGCAGGAACGAUGCGGGCGUGGAUGGGAGGAUAGUGGAUGUGACUAUAUUGGGGCUGCCACUGAUAACAGCACCUCGGCUACAGUCACUGUUCAGUGGUGGAGGGACAGGCAUGGACGAGGGAGCGAGGCAACGGCAUGACGCUGCUUUGGGCUUGACUGCUCAGAGUGGAGGCGCAGCUGAUGCACCUGCGGGGGGGAAGGGGGAUGGGGGUGGCGGUGGGGUGGCAGCAGGGGUGGGUGGCUCACAGUGCCUCAUGGUGGACCGGCACGGCACCCCCCUGCCAGAGUGGAGGCGCAGCUCAUUCUUCUGCUCCCUUUCCCUCUCUCCCAACCCCCUCACUCCCCCCCCCGUCCAGCUCGUUUCCUUCUGUGCGCGCUAUCUCCAUCUCCCCCUCCGCUACCCCAUCCUGCUCGCCGGUUCGCGCUGCCUCAUGGUGGACCGGCACCCGCCUGCCCGAGUGGAAACCCCUUUCCUCUCUCCCAACACCCCAACCCCCCCCACCCUCCAGCUUGUUUCCUUCUGUGCGCGCUACCUGCACCUGCCCCUGCGCUACCCCAUCCUGCUCGCCGGCUCUCGUUGCCUCAUGGUGGACCGGCACCCCCCUGCCCGAGUGGAAGCGCAGCUGAUACACCUGCAGGGGACGGGGGCAGGGGUGGGUGGUAUUGGGAGAGGGGUGGCAGCAAGGGGAGCAGGAGGCGGAGGGGGAGGGGGAGGGGGAGGCGGAGGCUUAGGGAGAGUUGGUUUCCCUCAGCAGAUUGAGCAGCAGCAGCAGCAGCAGCAGCAGCAGAAGCAGCGGCAGCAGCUGCUGUAUAGAUCUGCUAGUGACAUGAAACUUUUGCCCAGGAAUGGCAGCGCGGGGAGCAAGGGGAGUGGCUGGGAGAAAGGAGGGAGCAGUCGCAGGGGAGGCAGCAGGUGCAAUUCUCCUGAAAGAGGAGCUUCGGAAAGAGGUUCGGAAAGAGGUUCGGAAAGAGGAGCUUCCCCUGUGGGGGUUCUGGGGGGUAGGAGAGGCGUGAAUGGGGCGAGCGGUCUCGGUGAUGAGGGGUGGGAGGCGGUUGUGAGAGGUGCCAGCCAGAGCAACGGCAGUAGCAGUGGUGUUGGUAAUGCUGUAAUGGCAGGAGGAAUGGCAGGGGCAGGGGGGACGGCAGGGGCGGGGGGAAUGGGAGUGGAAGGGGCAGUGGAGGUUCAGCUGGCUCUGUACAUGGGUCAGUCACACGAUGCAGGGCGAUGCGCAUGUGCCAUGGUGCUGCUGGGGAAUGUGAGUGCUGAUGCUGGGGAAUGA